AUGUCGUUGGCUUGGCAGGGCAAGAGGCGCGAGGGACUUGGUGCAACGUCGAGCAAUGCCGCAGCCAGAUAUGCCACCAUGCGACAACACAUUUCGAGCCGAUUAUGGCUGCCAUCAGUCUGCAUAAUCCUCCUCUUCUCGGGCAUAGCAACGGCUAGCUUGGGCGAUCGUCUGCCAGAGUUCAAGCAAUGUGUGGAAGACUGCAUAGAAGCCAAUUGUGGCGAAGAUGGGCCUAGCAUCUCCCUCCUCCAUCGCCUCCUCUUCUGGACCUGUCCUUCCGAAUGCGACUACGCAUGCCAGCACAUAGUUACCGAUCAACGACUAAGCCGCGACCCUCCAUACCUCUCGCCGAUCGUCCAAUUCCACGGCAAAUGGCCCUUCUACCGGCUCUUCGGCAUGCAAGAGCCUGCCUCCGUCCUCUUCUCUCUCCUCAACUUCCUCGCACAUCAGCAUGGUAUCAGCAAGAUCAGGGAACAGAUUCCAGCUCGAUAUGCUCUGAGGAAAUACUAUCUGGGCUUUGGAUACUUCGGUCUUGCUAGUUGGAUCUUCAGCAUGAUCUUCCACACACGCGACAGUAACGUCACAGAGAAGUUGGACUACUUUGCGGCAGGAGCGAGUGUCAUGUAUGGGAUGUUCUACACACCAAUAAGGAUCUUUCGACUGGACCGCAAGGACAUAUUUGGUAACAAGACGGGCACAGUCGUGCGGAUGUGGACAUUGCUGUGCGUCACGUUGUACUUGUGCCAUAUCGGAUAUCUCACAUUUAUCCGAUUCGACUACACCUACAACAUGGCGGCGAAUGUGGUUGUUGGACUGAUCCAGAAUGUCAUGUGGACAUGGUUCUCGAUCUCCAGGUUCAGGAAAGUCGGGAGGCUGUGGGCUGCUUGGCCUGGAUUGAUCGUGUUCUGGAUCAUCUUUGCGAUGAGUUUGGAGCUCUUCGAUUUCCCGCCUUGGAAGGGUAUGGUAGAUGCGCAUGCGUUGUGGCAUCUGGGGACAGUGGGUCCAACGAUCUGGUGGUAUAACUUCUUGCUGAAGGAUGCCCAAGAGGAUCUGCAAGCUCAGCGCUUGAAGCAAUAGCAUUAAUUCGCGUGUAGUCAUUACCAGCAACCGAACUGUAUGUGCGGUUUCACGCCACGCUACCGAAAGUUCAGUAUUCCCACGUUCCUGCCGAUCGCACCUGUUUCAUGCGCUUGUCCACACUGCAGUCUACAGCUCCUCGACAGUACUCUACUACUGCGGAAUUGUUUCAAGUCGUGCUCGUGGACGGUACGGCGAAAAUGGUCUGCAGCUUUUGACAUUCAAUCGCUCCACUAUCAACAUGCUUCACGCAAGCAACUCGCAGCAGACUUAUUAUCAAGGCAAGCACGGUGCUUUCCAGGCCAUUCUCAACAUGCCCAUCGUUCGCCAUCUAUCGAUUGAAACGCAGUGCUCGGCGUUGCGCCAUCACAG